GUCCGUGCCCCCGCGCCCCCGGCCCAGGCUCCGCCCCUGCCCCAGGCCGACUCGGCCGCUCCAGGUUUAAAGCUGCCUUCUCGCCACUAGGGAAUUCUCUGUUUGCUCAACCAUCCUCUAGGGAAGGGAAGAAAAUAUAACAACAACAAUAAUGAUUGCUUAUAUUUAUAUAGCGCCUACUGUGUGCCAGCUCCCGAUCUUGCCUGAGUUAUGGGAUUUGGCUGCCUGAAAAUAAAUAUGGGGAAAUACGGUUAAAAAAAUUAUCCUCAGAAGGGCUGCCAGAAGAUGGAUUCAUCUGGGAAUUACAAGGGGUUACAGGUGGUAAUGUCCGCUGGAGGAGAGGAUCCAGGUCAGGAGAAAGAACAAGAGGCCAGGCCUCAAAGCGGAGAUGGUCGGGUCGUGUCUGCCUUUAAACAGGCAAAACUGGAAAAGGAGGCCCAGAAGAACUGGGACCUGUUUUAUAAGAGAAAUAGUACCAAUUUCUUCAAAGAUAGACACUGGACCACCAGAGAGUUUGAGGAACUGAGGUCAUGUAGGGAGUUUGAAGAUCAGAAGUUGACUAUCCUUGAAGCUGGCUGUGGGGUUGGAAACUGUUUAUUCCCACUUCUCGAAGAAGAUCUAAAUAUCUUUGCUUACGCCUGUGACUUCUCACCCCGGGCCGUAGAGUAUGUUAAGCAAAACCCUCUGUAUGACGCUGAGCGGUGUAAGGCCUUCCAUUGUGAUCUCACCCAAGAUGAUCUCCUGGAACAUGUCCCAGCAGCCUCUGUCGAUGUCGUCACCUUGAUAUUUGUGCUUUCUGCCGUUCACCCUGACAAGAUGCACCUGGUCUUGCAAAAUGUUUACAAGGUAUUAAAGCCAGGUAAAUGUGUCUUGUUUCGAGACUAUGGGCUGAAUGAUCAUGCAAUGCUGCGGUUUAAAGCUGGCAACAAGCUGGGAGAAAACUUUUACGUUAGACAAGAUGGGACCAGGGCCUAUUUCUUUACUGAUGUGUUCCUGGCUCAGCUCUUCUGGGCAACAGGAUAUGAAGAAGUAGUCAAUGAGUAUGUCCUUCGAGAAACCGUGAAUAAGAAAGAAGGCCUGUGUGUACCAAGAGUUUUUCUUCAGAGCAAGUUUCGGAAGCCUCUAAGGACAUCGUGAUUCUCAGUACCGUGAUCAUAAGUCUCAACUCUUCACAGAAUAAAACAACUUGGGGCAGAGGUACUCGGUUAAAAACAAGUACUUUUGUCACAAUUUAGGAAUUCACUUCUUCAGACGAUCCAUUAUCUCAAAUGGGGACCUUUCCUCCAACGGUGCAGAGCACAGACCAUCUAUACCUUCUUAUUCUUCACCGUUCUUGUCUGUGUCUUCCCUGCCACAGGCCAGAGGCCCAGAGCCUCUGGGUCAGGCUUCUUACCCUGCGCCUGUGAACUUUUAUCAAUAACAUUUCAAUAACUGUAUUUCAAUACAAUUGGUCUCCUUUGUAAUCCUAUGUAUCUUAUUUUGUGCUUUUAAAAACAUGAUUCUGAGAAUAGGUGUUUAGGAUUUGACAGACUCCCAUGGGGGUCUGAGACACGAACAGAGGUUUAGGACCCCUGCUCCAGGUCUUUUGACAUUCUGUGGGAGCCCAUGAGGGUUUGUUGACCCUCACACUCUAUCAUAUCUUGUGACUGGCCCACCUCCUUGUUCAGGCAUGUUCUGGAGGAUGCCUUCCAUGCUUAAUGGGCGGCAACUUGAGGCAGAAAAGUUAUGUUACAACGUUAUGGCCUUGUGCUCACUUGUGUCGCCCUCCACGUUUUCUUGUAAGUAGACACCACUGAAGGGGGGGAAUCAUUCAGUGAUCAGGGUGUUUAACCUUCAAGAACGCAGUACCACGAGGUCUGUGUGCCAAUAGGAGACACCAGGGCUGGCCUGGAAGCCACGGAAUAGAAAGAAAUGGGGCUUUGUCCCACUUCCCAAGUCCAGAGAGAAAGGAAGUCACAUACCCCAGUUUUGUUUCAGAAAAUAUGGUCAGAAGGCAUAUACACGGUGAGGUUUAGCGGCAGGCUUGGCCCACAAGCUCUGAGAGCUCUUAGACAAAAACACAGGGUUUUGGUGUCUUGUGUGGUGCCUCGCUGCUAAGUAGCUCAUCCUCACCUUCGGUAACUUGGCUUCCAAGGAUGGGCUGUUAGAAGAGACAAGUGGCAGGGUAGGGGAUCCCAUUCCAUCUUAGUUUUACCCCACAAGUGGACGUCCCCUGACGGCUGUGCAUGAAGGAGUGGGCCUCAGCAUGCCCGUCUGAAUAACAGUUGUUCUGUUCUUUAAGUCAGCUUCAGGCUCCCAAAACCUGUCUGUCACUGUGCACUACUACGAUGGUUAUUCCCAGGCAUUACUUUAAAACAAGCCAAGAGAAAGGUAGAGGGUCUUUAUAUUUUUGUUGAAAAUAAGGGAGGUUUUUAAUAAAUAUAUUUCAGAA